AUGCCACCCAAUCCACCAUCCUCCUCCUUAUACGGAAAGCCGCGCUCCAAAUCCAGUACACAAGCAAACCAACCUUCUUCCUCUAACCUCUCCUUCACGACCCAACUAUCCUCACUCAUCUCCCAGGGCUCUUCCGAAUCCACCUCCCGAGGACGCCCACGUCCAUCCAAAGCCGCAAAAGCCGACCUCUUCUCCAAGCCCAACAAGGGAUCCCAAAAGCGCGCCGCAGCGGAUUUGGAAGAUGAAUCCUCAAAGCAAGUCCACCAGCGCAGCCAAGACAUCGGGUCCGUGGACGCUGCGGCGCUGGGCCGGUCAAAGCGGCGCAUGGAGGAGAAGGUGCGCAUGUAUGAGGAUAUGAAGAAAGGGAUGUAUCUCGCGGGAGAUAGCAGCGACGACGAGGAGGGAGCAAAUAAAGAGGACUACGCAGCGCGAUUAAGGCGGAAAGAGCGCGAGGGGUUAGUGGACUUCGAUAAGAAAUGGGCGGAUGAGGAACGGAAGAGAGACGAUGGAUCCGAUGACGAGGAGGAAUCCGAAGAGGAUGAUAAUGCAUCUAUCAUAUCCUACGAAGAUGAACUGGGACGGUCUCGUCGCGGGACAAGGGCCGAAGCUGCGCGCGCGGCCCGCGAAAAGGAACAAGACAGUCGACAGGGCGGCGCAAGCGGGGAUCGUUGGAGGCCCUCACGUCCGGACAAUCUCAUCUACGGUGAAACGGUCCAGUCGCAGGCUUUCAAUCCGGACACCGACGUUGCGUCGCACAUGGCGCAUCUUGCGACGAGGCGAGAUCGAUCACCUACGCCUCCAGAGAAUAUGCACUACGAUGCAGAUGCGGAGGUGCGCAAUCGGGGGACGGGUUUUUAUGCAUUUUCGAGAGACGAGGAGGAGCGCAAGAAGCAGAUGGAGGAGCUGCUGAGUGCGCGUGGUGAGACGCAGCGGGAGAGGGAGGCACAGCAGGCGCGAAGAGCAGUGCGAGAGGCUGCUAAGGAUGAACGGCGCGCGAAGAUUCAGGAGCUAAGGAAUAAGAGACUGGCUGAGAGGUUCUUGGCUGAUUUGCAGCCGGGGACUGAAGUGGUUCCGACGGAGUAA